AUGACCGUCACGUACACAGCUUGCGUGGCGAACGCGCGCUUCGGCGGCUUCUCGAAGCUGCUGCUGCUGUGGCGCGGGAGCAUCUACAAACUUCUGUGGCGCGAGCUGCUGUGUUUCCUUGGGCUCUACAUGGCGCUGAGUGCCGCCUAUCGCUUCGUGCUGACCGAAGAGCAGAAGCGCUACUUUGAGAAGCUCGUUCUUUACUGCGACCAGUACGCCAGUCUCAUCCCGGUCUCUUUUGUCCUCGGCUUCUACGUAACGCUGGUGGUGCACCGCUGGUGGAACCAGUACCUAUGCAUGCCCCUGCCCGACGCGCUCAUGUGCGUGGUGGUCGGCACAGUGCACGGGCGCGACGAGCGCGGCCGCCUCUACCGACGCACGCUCAUGCGCUAUGCAGGGCUCUCUGCUGUGCUUAUCCUGCGCUCUGUCAGCACCGCUGUCUUCAAGCGCUUCCCCACCAUAGACCAUGUGGUGGAAGCAGGGUUUAUGACCCGCGAGGAGCGCAAGAAGUUCGAGAACCUGAACUCAUCCUACAACAAGUACUGGGUGCCUUGCGUCUGGUUCUCCAACCUGGCGGCGCAGGCUCGGCGCGAGGGCCGCAUCCGCGACAACGGCGCCCUUAAGCUGCUGCUGGAGGAGCUGACUGUGUUUCGGGGCAAGUGUGGGAUGCUCUUUCACUACGACUGGAUUAGCGUACCCCUUGUCUACACCCAGGUGGUGACCAUCGCUGUGUACAGCUACUUCCUGGCCUGCCUCAUCGGUCGCCAGUUCCUGGACCCGGCGCAGGGCUACAAAGACCACGACCUGGACCUGUGCGUGCCCGUAUUCACACUGCUGCAGUUCUUCUUCUACGCGGGCUGGCUCAAGGUAGCUGAGCAGCUCAUCAACCCCUUCGGAGAGGACGACGAUGACUUUGAGACCAACUUUCUGAUCGACCGCAACUUCCAAGUGUCAAUGCUGGCCGUGGACGAGAUGUACGACGACCUGGCCAUGCUGGAGAAAGACCUGUACUGGGACGCAGCUGAGGCUCGCGCUCCCUACACCGCGGCCACCGCCUUCCUGUUGCAGCAGCCCUCCUUCCAGGGCUCCACCUUCGACAUCACGCUGGCCAAGGAGGACAUGCAGUUCCAGCGGCAGGACGGCGUGGAUGCGCCGCUGAGCGAUGCACACGGCGACUUCCUGCAGCGCCUCCUGCCGGUGGGCGCGGGCAUGGCCGCUGGAGGCCUGCUGGGCCGGCGCCUGUCUUUACUGCGCCGCAAGAACAGCUGCGUGUCGGAGGAAUCCACAGCCGCCAGCUGCGCAUGCGCGGGCGCCCCUGAUGGCUCGGCCCCAGAGUGCAGUUGCGGUGACCCGCUGCUAGACUUAGGCCUGCCGGAGCCGGAGUCUGAGCCCCACGCCGGCCAUGAGCCGCCAGCCCCCGGACCACCCGCCGAGCCCUUCACCGUUGUGCCAAUGCCCGGGCCCCGGGGGCCGGCUCCACCCUGGCUGCCCAGCCCCAUUGGCGAGGAGGAGGAGAGUCUAACCUGA